GCCAACCCCUUUGCUCCUCUCGCCGCUUUGGGUCGGGGUUUUAGCGAGCGCGUGGGAGGCCGGAGGCGACGACGACGACCACCACGCCGCCGUCGGAGAAGGAGGGGUCGAGAGCACCAAGCUCCCGUAUAUGUCUUCUAGCCCCUUCUCCGAUCUGGUGGUAGUCGUGCUCCUUGUCUGUUGCGCCGUCGUCGCCGCCGUCCCCCUCCUGCGCGUACUCGUCUGCGCCCGCCGAUCUAUGCACCAGAGGCUCCACGGCUGGAACAAAUCCUCGUCGAUGCUCAGGGACGGGUUCGGGGUCAAGUAUUCCGGGUUCCUCCACAUAAGGCCGUGUGGUUUCUGUCGAGGAGAUUGACGGAUUCGUGCUCGUCUCCGUCAAAUUUUUGCACAAGAGAAAAAAGUUUCCCCUUUUAGAGUUUUUCUCCCUUCAGUUUUGUCAGUUUUGGUGAGGAAUUUUUAGAGUAAUUUCCGGCGUUAGAAGAGAGAAAUGGCCCCUUCCAAGCAGCAGCAGAUGCUACUCAAGAAGGUGAUGGCGAAGAAGCCCAAGACCAAGAGGCUGUCCGGGUUUGGCCUUAAACCCUCCUCUGCUGCUUUCUCCCGGCCUUCUCAGCCGCCGCCGCCGCCGCUGGCCGCCUCUUUGCAGCCAAGGCGUCGCGUCCGCGUCGUGUUCGAGGACCCUGACGCGACGGACUCUGACUCUGACGGCGAGGACGACGCCGGCGCCUCAAAGAAGCGCUACUUUGAGCUCUUCAUUGGCAAGCCGGCGUCGACGAAGCAGGCCUCUCCAGCUUCUACCGUCGCUGCCUACGCCAACGUCGGCAAGGUGGGAAGCACCAGCUACCGUGGCGUGCGCCUCCGGAAGUGGGGCAAGUGGGCGGCGGAGAUCCGUAACCCCUUCACCGGCCAUAGGGAGUGGCUUGGCACCUUCGAGACAGCUGAUGCGGCCUCUGCUGCUUACCAGUCUGCCUCCCGCAGCUUCGCUGAAGAGAAGCGGCGCCGUGGCCAGCGUGCGGCGUCGUCUGCCUCACCUGACCAUUCGGCGACCCCUACCCCGACCGCCUCGUCGUCGUCCUCCACUUCUGCAGCGCCAUUCGCCCACCCUUCGCCGUCGUCUGUGCUUGAAGCCACCACCAAGCCAGCUCCGAAGCCAGAGUCGCCGCUGCCGGAGCAAGCCGCAACUCCCAACCUGGUGGAGGCCUCCAACGAGACCGCCGAGCUGCCGGAUGACCCGGAGUUCUACAAGGAUAUACUGCGCGGUCUACAGCUUCCGGACAUUGACCCGAUGGAUUUCCGUGCUGGGCUCGAUGCUCUGGAUAUCUCCGAGGCGCCGGCUUACAUGGAUGGCGAGCAAGACAUACUUUUCAGUGAGGACAUGCUGCUUGGAGACUUCGGGGAAGAAGACGACCUCGACCUCGACGACAUUGGUGAUGAUUUCUGCGAGGAUUUCCCAGAGAUACCGAGUGGCUAUGACUUCAGCCGUGGUGAUAUGUUCCGGCAGGUGGAUUUCUGCGUGUGAAUUAUAAGAGCUUGCUAAAGUUAUUCAUGUUGGUGUGAUGGGCCUGUUAGUGUGGGUGCUUGGGAGGAGGAGAUUUCUUGGGUUUUUUCCCCGAGCGAAUUAAUCUGCUCGUGCCCUUGAGAUUUCUGUUUCCCUCAUAAGAACUCCAAAGCACAUUAGCAGUCGGAGAGGUAAUUUUGUUAGGUUAAAAGUAUCGUAAGUUAUAGGGUGCUAUCUUAUGUUUUUUCUUUUCUCAGUGUUAUUCGGUACCGAAGUUUGUUAAGAAAUCAUAGUGGACAAGUCAAGUAUUUGGGGCUAUCGUCUCUGUUAUGGAAAGAAAAAUAAAUUUUGAUUACAUUACA